AUGCCUCCACAUUCACCAUCGCCGUCGUCGGAAGCCGGAAAUGAUUUCACUUCAAAAGCCAUUCCUAAACCGCCGCCAACAGUGAUUAAUUUUACACAUUCACCACUACCGCCUUCGCCGUCGCCAUCAUCUGGAAACGCGUCGUUAAACCCAAUAAUUGAACCUAUCGAUGACAAAGUCGCUUUACAUCCACCGCCGCCGCGGACGAUGUUUACUCCUCCGUUACCGAAGCCUCUUCCAGUACUUGCAUCACCACCGCCGCCGGUAACGGCGUUAUUGUAUCCUGUGAAUGAUUCUUCUUCUACACCAGUUUCGACAGAGGAAACUUCGCCGAUUAAAGUUCAAUCGCCGUCCUCAAGUACAUCAAUCGGAUCUGUAAUCGGAAUUUCUGUAGGCGUUACCGGAGCUUUCUUCAUUGUUGCUGUAAUUAUACUAUUCGUUUGUUGCAGGAAUAAGAUUAAAAGUGGAAAAUUACAUGAUCAUGAAUCUCCACUGCCAAAAAAUUUGUACCAUGUUCUGCGUCAAAGUUUUAAACAGAAAAAUGUAGCAAAUGGUUCUCCUGUUUCCCCAAAGCAAGUGACGUCAUUCCGACCACUUCACUGCUUAGACAACAAUGCUCAUUCCAAUUCAGACGCUGACAAUCAUUUUUCACCAAAAGACCACAUAGUGGCUUUAGCUGUUUCCGGUGGCAAUUUCACAUAUGAAGAGCUGUGGUCAGCAACUAGUGGAUUCUCUACAUCCAACCUUCUAGGUGAAGGUGGAUUUGGGUAUGUACACAAAGGAGUCCUCUCUACAGGAAGAGAGAUUGCAGUUAAACAGUUGAAAGUUGGUAGCCAUCAAGGGGAGCGUGAAUUUCAAGCAGAAGUAGAGACUAUUAGCCGAGUGCAUCACAAACAUCUUGUGUCUUUGGUUGGAUACUGCAUGAAUGGAAUAAAGAGGUUGCUUGUUUACGAAUUUGUUUCCAACAGAACCUUAGAGUAUCAUUUACAUGGGGCAGCACAAUCCUUUAUGGAAUGGGCAUCUAGAAUAAAAAUUGCUAUAGGGUCAGCCAAAGGAUUGGCCUAUCUGCAUGAAGACUGUAACCCCACUAUCAUUCAUCGUGAUAUCAAGGCAGCUAAUAUUCUUCUUGAUUCUAACUUCGAAGCUAAGGUUGCGGACUUUGGACUUGCCAAGUUCUUAUCUGAUUCAAACCAUCAUGUUAGUCAUGUCUCCACUAGAGUGGUGGGAACUUUCGGGUAUCUGGCCCCAGAGUAUGCACAGAGUGGAAAGACCUCAGAUAAGUCGGACAUCUUUUCCUUCGGAGUCAUGCUUCUGGAGUUAAUUACAGGGCGUCCACCUAUAAUCUCAACUGAAUCCUCCGCAUGCAGCAGUUUGGUCAUAUGGGCAAGGCCUUUGCUUAGAAGAGCGUUGGAAGAUGGAAAAUUUGAUGGUCUAGUGGAUCCAUGUUUGGGACAAAAUUACAACAGUGAAGAGAUGUCUAACAUGGUUGCUUGUGCUGCUGCUUGUGUGCGUCAUUCAUCAUGGAGAAGACCACGAAUGAGUCAAGUAGUUCGUGCUUUAGAAGGCGAUGCCUUUAUUCUGGAACUUGAUGAGGAAAAUAGACCAGGACAGAGUACCAUUUGUGACUUUGAUUCUGAUGUUAGCAAUUUUUUUGAGAACUUAAAGAAAAACCAGCACAGCACUCUGAAAUCAAAAGAAGAAAUGGUAUAAUACCAGCACAUAUUGUAUCAAUCAUGCACCGGGGCUUUCACGGCAGUACACUAACUGAAGAUGGAAUGAGAUGAAUGAAGCUCUUUUUCCCCUUUCUUUCCUUUCACUUGUGUAGAAACCAAGGGUGAUUGAGG